AGCUGAGACGCGAGGUCGCGCGCGCGCAACUACCUGCAUUAACUCAACAGGGUAGGCGACUAGGCGCCACUCUGCCCCGCUAUAUAAGCGCACCGAGCGAGCUCGGUCCUCUUCGUCCAGCUCCAGAUCAAGCAGCAGGGUUACUACUAGCUACUUGACUCUAGUAGUGAGCUAGCUCUCGGUUUGGCCGACAUGGGGAGGGCGCCGAGGGGUGUGUGGAGCAUGGCGCUUCUGGGGCUGGCCGUCGCGGUGGUUCUCGCGGUGGCCGCCGAGGCGCGGUCCUUGGAGAAGCAGAGCUUGUGCGGUGGCGGGUGUGGGCUUGGUGGCGGAGGAGGGUACGGCGGCGGCGGCGGUGCUGGGCUUGGUGGUGGCCUUGGGCACGGUGGAGGGCUUGGAGUUGGGUUCGGAGGAGGGAAAGGUGGUGGGUUCGGCGGGGGUGCAGGUGGUGGAGGCGGCCUCGGGGAUGGGGGUGGUUUAGGUGGUGGCUCCGGCGGAGGCAGCGGGCUUGGUGGUGGUUAUGGCGGUGGCGCUGGUGGAGGAGUUGGCGGUGGCUCCGGGGAAGGCGGAGGGCUUGGUGGUGGUUCCGGGGGAGGUGGUGGACUUGGUGGAGGAGGAGGCGCUGGGGCUGGUGGUGGCUACGGCGGAGGAGCCGGUGGAGGCACUGGCGGUGGAUACGGCGGAGGUGCCGGUUCCGGGGGCGGCUAUGGCGGAGGUGCCGGUGCAGGAGGCGGCUAUGGCGGAGGUUCCGGUGCAGGAGGCGGCUAUGGCGGCGGAGCUGGUGGAGGCAGUGGCGGUGGAUAUGGCGGGGGCGCAGGCUCAGGAGGCGGCGCGGGUGCAGGAGGCGGCUACGGUGGAGGAGCUGGCGGUGGCGCCGGUGGUGGCUACGGCGGAAGUGCUGGCGGUGGCGCAGGUGGAUGCUACGGUGGCGGUGCUGGCACUGGUGGUGGCUUUGGCUCUGGCGGCGGUGGAGGCUAUGGCGGUGGCGCCGGGGGUGGCAUCGGCGGCCGUGUCUGAUUCAGCCUCUGGCAUGCAUGGCGAUCGCAUGCAAGUGUUCUGCGCACACCCUUGACGGUGUCGGUGAGAUGCGGAGUCAAGCAUGUCAUCGCUGCUACAAGUCUAUACCGAGCACACUCUCUGCGAGACGACAGUGAUAAACAGAAAAAUAACGUUGCAACUUGUUUAGUCAAUGGUAGCUGUACAACGGUCGUUUAUACGGUAUAUAUACACACACACUGUUAGCGGCAAGGUGAACGGAUCGCAUCGCAUUUGUACUGUGUCUUGUAUUGUAUCUCGUCGGAAUAAACAAAUUAUCAUGAGCUAGUACA